UUUUCUUAGAUAAGUCCCUUGAACAUUUCAUAUAAUAAGGGCUGAAUGAUGAUGAACUCCUUGAACUUGACCUUAUCUAAGAAGCACUUUAUCCGCCCUUCCAUUCUAAAUGAUAGUUUUGCUGGAUAGAGUAAUCUUGGAUGUAGGUCCUUGCCUUUCAUGACUUUGAAUACUUCUUCCCAGCUCCUUCUUGCCUGCAAGGUUUCUUUUGAGAAAUUAGCUGACAGCCUUAUGGGCACUCCUUUGUAGUAACUGUCUCCUUUUCUCUUGCUGCUUCUAAGAUUCCAUGCUUAUCUUUUAUCUUGGCUAAUGUAAUUAUGAUGUGUCUUGGUGUGUGCUUCCUUGGGUCCAGCUUGUUUGGGACUCUCUGAGCUUCCUGGACUUUCAUGUCUAGUUCCUUUACCAGAUUGGAGGAGUUUUUCUUCAUCAUUUUUUUUCAAAUAAGUUUUCAAUUUCUUGCUCUUCCUCUUCGCCUUCUGGCAGCCCUAUGAUUUGGAUGUUGAAACAUUUAAAGUUGUCCUAGAGGUUCUAAUCCUCUCCUGAUUGUUUUGAAUUCUUGUUUCUUCAUUCUGUUCUGGUUGAAUGUUUAUUUCUCCCUUCUGUUCCAAAUCAUUGAUCUGAGUCCCAGUUUCCUUCCCUUCACUCUUGGCUCUCUGUAUAUUUUCCUUUAUUUCACUUUGUAUAGCCUUCACUUCUUCCUCUGUUUUGCAGCCAUACUCAACCUUUUCUGUGAACAUGCAGAUUACCCGUGUUUUGAACUCUGCAUUUGAUAUUUUGGCUAUCUACUUGUCACUUAGUUAUUUUCUGUAGUUUUGAUCUGUGUGUUCAUUUGGGCCAUAUUUCUUUGUCUUGGAGCAGAUUGUAAGGGGUGGAGCCUUAGGUAUUUUCUAGGGCAAUCCACUUGGAUGCAUUGUAUGUGGGAGAGGGGUCAGAGAGGGAACAAUUCCACUUGCUCAGCUCCUACUCUGCUUUCAGUCUGUUACCCAUAAGUGAAUUGUGCCAUUCCUUUCAAGUGCUUUCCUGGUGCUGAUUCCUGGGUGGGUGGGCUUGUGUAGUUAUAGUACCUCAUGGGCCCCUCCAAUGGACUCUCUUCUGAGACUUGCAGUUCCUCCCACUGCAGCAACCCCCAAAAGUUUUUAUAGCAAGAAGGGUUGAGGUUUUAGUUCCCUACACUAGAACCCUGGGUUGCACGAUCUGUCUCUCUUCCCAGUUGUUCCUUCUGGUUUAUCCGCACUGGUAUGUGGGGCCACCCUGUCUGCCAGCCACUGCCUCUCCCACUUGAUUUGCCAGCCGCCUCCUAGUCAUGCAUCCACUCUGGCUUCCCAUCUUAGCCUCCUACCUGUCUGGAUGAAUGAUUCUUCUUUAACUCAUUGGUUGUUGGACUUCCAUAUAGUUCAAUUUUGGAGCACUUCUGGUUGUUAUCCUUCUUUUGGUUGUGCAGGAAGUGAAGCGUAACUACCUAUGCCUCCAUCUUGGCUGGAAGCCCAGAUAAUCCAAUCUGAUUGCCUCUUUUCUAAUUUACCACUUUGUUUAAAUUCCACAUUGAUGGAUACACAAGCCUGGCAGUCUGGGAUUCCCAGUGGUGUGAGCUGAACAAGCACCAAUGGUGGCGAGGCCAACAUUGUCUUUCUGGCCCCUCAAUGACAUCCAAGGCCAUGGAGCCAAGAACUUUGUGGGCUGCGCUGUGGUGGAGAAUCACAUGAGGAAUAACCAAGUGCUGGGAACUGAAAGUGAUUCUACAAUUUUCCGUGCUGUGGAGCGAAUUGCUGAAAGACUGAAACAAGGGAAGCUGAACCUCGUCCGUAUUCACACUUCCUUCCAGGCCUGUCAGCUCAUGCUGCACUGUGGCGUAACCCUCAGUGACCUGAGCAGACACCCCGAGUUUGACCUUGUCAUGGAUGGUGCUGACAAAGCUGUAGGUGCUGGUCUCAGUGUCAUCAGGGGUGGUGGAGGCUGCCUGACCCAGAAGAUUGUGGUGGGCUGUUCCACUCACCUCAUCAUGAUUGCUGAUUUCAGGAAAGGGUCAAAGAACCCUGGGGAGCAGUGGCACAAGGGAAUCCCCACUGAGGUCAUCCCCAUGGCUUACAACCCAGUGAGCAGAGCUGUGAUUCAGAAGUUUGGGGAUGUGGUUGAUUCUUGUAUGUGCCCUGACCGGGCAUGGAACCUGCAACUUUGGUGUAUCAGGAUGAAUAAGGGGAGUUUUAUCCCCUGGGAGUUCGACCCUGUGCACAAAUGGAGUGAAGUGAACCCAGCUAUCAAAAUGACCGCAGGCGUGGUGGACACAGGCCUAUUCAUCAAUAUGGCCGAGAAAGACUCUUUUGGGAUGCAGGAUGGCUCAGUGAACAUGGGGGAGAACCUUUCUGUGGACCCUGCCAGGAGUGGAGUGGGCUGCCCUGGAGCCCGCAGCCCACCUCCAGGUGGACGUGCCUCUCCAGGAGCCUUUGCCUUAGUGUCUCUGUGCCAGGUGGACAGCGGCAGGGUGGGGGCUGGGCGGUUAAAUCCAGUCUUCUCAAGUCUUGUUAUUAAGUGUCUUUUUAAAAAGAGCAAUACAAACAUACAUACUUUUUACUAUUAAAGAUAUUCAAUUUUUUUUUUUUUGCCCUGGCUGGUGUAGCUCAGUGGAUUGAGCGUGGGCCUUCGAACCAAAGGAUUGUGGUUUGAUUCCCAGUCAGGGCACAUGCCUGGGUUGUAGGCCAGUCCCCAGCAGGGGACACACAAGAGGG